CAGUUACCGGUUUAGUCGUGUAUUCACCGUUAGCUAUGAACGAAUGAUGUACCAUUUCUUCCGUCGAAUUUGAGCACAGUAGCACACAAGCAGCAGGGACAACAACAAAGCAGCAGCGUCGUCGCCGUCACAAAUCGAAAAGAAAACAUCGAAAAAAAACCAAGCGAAACACACAGAAAAAAACAUAUCACAAUUUAUUCGCACUUUGGACACAACAGAAGAAGAGAUCUGGAUCAGUCGAUUGUCGUUGUUGUGAAAGUGUAACGUGGAGAAGAAGAAAAACAUCGAGUGAAAACAGAAAAAAAUCUUGAAGCGGUUAAAGGUUAUUCGUAGCUGUCUGAGAGAGAGAAAAAACACACACACACACACACAGAGAGAGAGAGAGAGAGAGAGAGAGCUUUUCCGUUAUUAUUUAUUUUCAUUUGUACAUUGUGCCACUGGCGCUUCACUCGAACUUGCUCCACAUAAACAUUAUAACUGUAUAAUUACGUCAGUGAAAAGUUUCAAAACAUCGACCAAGCAAAACGUUCAAGUUCAAAGUGAAAAUAUUCUUUUUCUACGGACUUUGUUUGGAUGACGUGUGUGUUUGUGUGCGUUUGCUUAAAUGAAAAUGGUUUGAGGUGAACGAAGCGAAAAAAAAGAGACGAAACUGUAAAUACUUUUAAUACGUUUGCAUACGCUCAGUGCAGUAGCGUGCGGAACCGAACAGCUGUUUGUGCAGGUUUCAGUUGUCGUGGCUUCAAGCUAAAAAUACAGUGUGCAUUUUUCUGUGCUCAAAAAUAAUAACCACACAGCAUAAGACGGCAUAACACAACUAAAUAAACACCAUAGUUAAACUUACCGUUAAACUUGACUUUGAUUCUGCAAGUGGCUCAUGCACUCGGGCAUUUAAGAAUUGCAACAUGGAGAAGUCAAUUGAUGUGCAAGCUAAUGGUACUAAUCAUUCAAACUUGGCAGCGGUUGGCGACGGCACCCUCAACAAUGGCAACAGUGAAAAAAAAGACGAUUCACCAAAAUCCGAUGUAAUUCAAAAGGCGAUGGGCUCGCUUGGCCGUUGGCAUAUUAUUGUGUGCGGGUUUAUAUUCCUGUUGAAGUUUCCCGUGGCCUGGCAUCAAAUGAGUAUUAUCUUCAUGGCGUCAAAUGUCAACUAUACAUGCGCUGAUGCCAACAUCACCAACACAUGCUCAGCCGAAUGCACGGAAUAUGCUUUCAAUCGAACCGUUUUCACGGAAACCAUUCAAAUGACAUGGGAUUUGGUGUGCAGCAAAAAGCACCUAGCGAAUUUAUCUCAAACCAUUUUUAUGUUUGGCAUCUUAGUAGGUAAUAUGGUGUUUGGAACAUUAGCCGAUAAAUUUGGGCGGCGAGGUCCAUUGGUUGUCGCUGUUUUCAUCCAAUUAUUCGCAGGAAUUGCAACUGCUUUUGUUCCCAAAACAAUUUUCGGGUUUUGGCUCUUCUGCGUGCUGAGAUUCAUAACGGCCUUCGCGACUGGUGGCACCAUGGUCACGAGUUUCGUGCUUGUGAUGGAGUUGGUUGGAACGAGAUGGCGUGAAUUGAUUUCGGUGCUCUACCAAAUUCCGUUCAAUUUGGGACAUUUAACUCUGCCAAUAUUUGCAUACUUUUUCCGUGAUUGGCAUCAUCUCCAAUUGGCUCUUUCCAUUCCGUCGCUUCUGCUAAUCUCAUACUAUUGGAUCAUCCCGGAAAGCCCACGUUGGCUUUUCACCGUUGGUCGCAUUGACGAGUCGGCAGUCGUACUGGAAAAAGUUGCUGCGUUCAACAAACGGCCAACUGACUCGAUCAAAAUGGAUCUGGAAAAAUACGCUGUCAGCACAAAUACAAAUGCCAAAGAAGUGGCGCGAGGCAAUUUUCUCGAUUUGUUCCGUACACCAAAUAUGCGAUCGAAAACCAUUUGCAUGUGCUUUAACUGGCUAGUUUGUGGAAUGUGCUUCUUUGGCGUGGCACAGUAUAUAGGCGAAUCCGAGGGAAAUAUUUUCAAAAAUGUCAUAGUAUCAUCUGCUUUGGAAUUACCGGGAACCAUCUUAUGCAUAUUUACAAUGAAAAAGUUCGGCCGUAAAUGGACGCUGAUCGGUUCCAAUGCUGUUGCAGGCAUUUGCAUGCUACUUAUUGCGUUCAUACCAUCGAUUCAGGUUACUUUGGCUUCUAUCGCUUUAGUUGGCAUGAGCGUGUCGUUCCCAACGGUCUAUUUAUAUGCCGGCGAAAUUUUCCCAACAGUUGUGCGUAACAUUGGAGUCGGAACGGCAUCGAUGAUCGCUCGUAUUGGUUCGAUGGUAGCUCCAUUUAUCAUCACUAUGAAAGUGUUGAGCCACACAUAUCCACCGAUUGUAUUUGGAAUAUUCCCGUUGAUUGGAGCUGCGCUGGUAUUACUGUUACCGGAAACUAGAGGACAACCGCUGCCGGCAACGAUUGAAGAUGGUGAAAAUUUCGGAAAAAAGACGAAAAACUAAUCUAAAGCCGCUCCGAGAGCAGUCAUCAUACUCCACUAUUUCCAAUUACUUCAAACUACUAGAAAAAUUACAAAAAAAAAUGAAAAUCUGUGAAUGUUAAUAAUUUGUUUUAGGACAAACGUUAAGGCCUUUAAUUUAAGAAUAAAUCCACCGUGAUGGACAAUUUGGCCACACAAUUACACGAUAUUGUUGAAAAAAGAAACAUAUGUUGAAGGAAUGAAACAAAAAAACUGAUUUCUAAUAUUUAUACUAGUAUUUGAAUAAUAAAAUACGUUUGAGAAAAAAA